AAAGAUUGCAUCGACAAGAACAAUUUGGAAGAAUAGAUCAUUCUAUUGAUAAUAGUCACAAAGAAACUAGAGAACCAUUAUUAUCUACUAGUCAAAGCUUUAAUAUAUCAAUGUCAUCUGCUGAAGAUUUAACUACAUUAUUUUUAGCAAGUAAUAUUGAACAAAAAAAUGAGCAAGAAUUAGAAUAUGAAGAAGUCGAACAUGAAACAAAACAAGAAAUAGAUAAUGAGGAGAUAGAGCGAAUAAAAAAAUUUAGAGUAGCAUUAAAUUAUAGUUCUGAAGAUAGUGAAACUAAACAAGAAAAUGAUUUUGAAGAUUUAUCUUUGAUAAAAGAUACUGGACUACUUGAUGAUAUAGAAUUAGAAGAUAGUGAUAUUGAAGAAAAACCAAUUUUAAACUUUAAAA